UUCUUUCUUUAGUAAUCCUCCGCUGCGCAUUCGCUUUCCGGUAGAGGCCCUUACAUCGAGUAUUACUAUUCUCUGUCCAUCUGCAUGUCCACCAUAAAAAACAUGAUGGAACAAGAAAAACAUGCGCAUUUGGGCGCAACCGAGGUUGUAGAGACUGCGUCGUACCAUGCCCAGGGACUUCCGGCGGAGAAGAAAGGCACAGAUUUCGACCAACGCGACAUGCACCGCAUGGGGAAAUUCCAGGAACUGAGGAGAAACUUUCGCUUCGUGACCAUUUUCGGCUUCACAAUGGUGCUUAUGGCAACGUGGGAGGCGCAACUGGACGCUAACAUAUUCGGACUAAUCAAUGGAGGCACGGGAGGCUUGAUCUGGAUGUACAUUGCUUCCUUCUUUGGGUUUCUAGCCGCGAUUAUCUCGAUGGCUGAGAUGGCGUCUAUGGCUCCUACAACGGGCGGUCAGUACCACUGGGUCAGCGAAUUCGCCCCUCCAUCCGCCCAAAAGUUCCUCUCCUAUAUCGUUGGCUGGCUCUGCGUCCUUGGCUGGCAAGUCGGCAACACGGCUAUUGCUUUUCUCAGUUCCCAGCAAAUACAAGGCCUAAUGAUCUUGAACAAUGAGGAUUAUGUACCACAACGCUGGCAUCUUACAUUGCUUGUCAUUGCUCUGGUCACUUUCUGUCAGCUGUUCAAUACCUUCUUCGCUCACAAACUGCCAUUCGUUGAAGGCAUGGUCUUAAUACUGCACCUCUUCGGCUUCUUCGGUAUCCUCAUCCCUCUCUGGGUCCUGGGCAAGAGAACUCGAAGCGAGGCAAGGACCGUGUUUACCACUUUCACAGACGGCGGCGGAUGGGGAAACAUGGGUCUUUCGUGCUUGAUCGGCAUGCUCUCACCCAUCUUCUCAUUUAUCGGACCGGACUCCGCGACACACAUGGCAGAGGAACUACGGGACGCAUCCAAGACCCUCCCUCGAGCCAUGAUCGCAACAGCCCUUGCGAAUGGUGCCAUGGGUUUUGUAAUGCUGGUUACAUUCUGCAUGCACGUAGGCAACGUAGAGGAAAUUCUGGCGACCCCGACAGGACAGCCGUUCAUCCAGCUCUUUUACAAUGUUACCGGGAGCAAGGCCAGCACCAACGCUAUGGCAUCCGUACUCAUCAUCAUGGCAACCUUCGGCUGCGUUACGAAUAUCGCGACGAGUUCUCGUCAGCUAUGGGCGUUUGCGAGGGACAAGGGGCUGCCAUUUUCGGGCUGGCUUGCCCAUGUCCGACAGGGCUGGGAUAUCCCUCUCAACUCCGUCUUGCUGUCUUACGCAAUCGCAGUGUUACUCUCACUCAUCAACAUAGGCUCAACCGUCGCCUUCAACAUCAUCACCUCGCUCGGAACCGGCGCCCUGCUCUCGUCAUACAUUGUCUCCAUCUCAUGCCUCACGCUCAAGCGACUGCGGGGCGAGGCGUUGCUACCUUCUCGGUUCUCCCUUGGAGCUGCUGGUCUCCCGCUAAACAUCUUCUCCGUUUUGUUUAUCACACUGGCUUUCAUUAUGACGUUCUUUCCUAGUAGCCCGCAUCCAGAUCCAGCUACGAUGAAUUGGAAUAUCCUAGUUUUUGGUACGGUUGUGGUUUUCUCCGUUGGGUAUUUUCUUGUAAGAGGGAGAUAUAGGUAUGUGGGGCCGGUCAUGUAUGUAAGGAACGUGGACUAGUUACGGAACGUACAAUGCCAUGGGGAAAUUGCGACGACCGUCUAGGGGGAUCGAUGAGCUUCACGCGCGUAAGGAAAGUUAUAGCUAUUCAAUACGGUUGGGUUGCACGCAUAAGCACAGUUACCUCACAUCUGUAAAAGAACCGGAGGCAGGAAGAAUUGAAUCCAGGGUAAGACGCAUACCAAGGGCGGGCUGAGAACACGAAUAUGAAGGCGGAGGACGGGAGUACUGCCACGGCAA